AACAAAGUUGACAAGAUUAAAACAUUUUAUUUGUUUAAUAGUGAUGUGACACUUUGACACCAAAUGUACUGCAAAAUUUUAAUCAAAAUGGACUGAGCCAUGGACAUCAGAACAGCUUGAAAGCAGCUGAAUCGAUGUGAUUUCGCCAUGUUAAGUUAAGUUGUUUUGUUGGUUUUUUGGGUCUUAUUUACUAUUCUUCAAAUAAAAUUCAAUUAUGGUGCCAUUUUAGCCAUAAAUUUCGGUGCCGUUUUAGCCAACGCAGGUACCGUUUUGUCCAAUUUAGUUCCGUUUUCGCUUGGUGCCGUUUUGGCACGGUUCCGUUUUAGCUAUAACCCGGGGCGGGCCUGUCUGUCAAUCAAUCAAUCAAUCAUUUGACUUUUUUUUUUUUUUUCGGUUUUUUUUUUUUUUUUUUUUCGGUUUCUUUUUUUUUUUACACUAAUUAAAAAAAAGAAGAAGAAGAAACGUAUAUUUUAAAUUGCACUUAAUCAAGAAAUCUAUUUUGAGAUUUCGUUAUAUCGCUUAGGUAAAAAUUCUUUUUGCGCAUGUCUACUGCCAAUAGCAACUACGGAACUCUUUCUUGCACCACUUCAGCUUAGCCUUGGGGUCUAAAAAUUCUCGGAAAUCGUUCCCAAAUACUAAAACAAGUCCGUAAAGAUGUCUGGAAGCGCAUACCAUUGGGAUGCUUUAAGAAAAGAGCGAAUACUUCAAAGAAAAAGAGAGGCAUUAAGACGUCUACAGAAUCCAGAUCCUGUGAUUGACAAUACUGGCCGUACUAAGAAACGUGAAGAACCUCUAGUGAUCGCAGAUCAGGGUGAAUUUGUUAAUUUGAGAUCCCGUAAGGCCAAUACCUGUACAAAUAAGAUGCAAAUAGGUGCACUGGACUCAAAUAUCCUUGGUGCAGACAGUGGUGUAGUUUUCGAGAACGUGACACAUGAUCCUAACUAUAAAUACAGACUCCACAGACACUCAUGCUUGCCUCCGGUCCAUGUAGAUCCUAUUUACGGCCUCAUCUAUCCCGGAUCGUUUAAAUACACGGCUUCGUGUUCAUGUAGAAAUCCACUGCCGAUGUUUCGAGUCAAAAAGGAAGGCCAUGAUAAUCGGUAUCGUAACCGACAGAGUCUGGCACCACAUUGUGACAAAGUAUUUCCAGUGAUAUACCCUGGCACAGACAAUGCAGAUUACAUAUGUGAUCAAAAUAGAACAAACCGGCGUAUGAAUGUAAUGAUGGACAGAUAUGAUGUGGCAAGGAGAGUCAAUGGAGAUUUUCAUAUAAAAGUUCUGGAGUCCACCCCUGUGUAGACAUGUAGUUUUAGUUGUUGAGAAUGCAGUGGAUCUUUUUGGUGACAAGUAAAAAUAUUUCAGCCCCCCAAAAACCAUCCCAAUUAAACUUGUCUUUUACACUCAAACAUGCUAAUUUCUAAUCUUACUUAUGGCAACCCUAUGUACCUUGAUACUUUAUCUCACCCUUUUACUAGGCCACUUUCUUUGUACACUAGCAAUCAGAUAUGAAGUGCUUUUGGUUUUUGUGUUAUUUACAUUUAUAUGUAGAUUUUUCUGUAAAGCAAUAUAGAAUAUUACUUUAUAUAUUUUGAUUCUGUUUAAGCAUUUGUUUGAGUAUAAUGAUUUUUUUUUAAACCCAUCUUCAUAUAUACAUGUAUCUUUCUUUUAUUAUUAUGAUAAGCAUAUGUAAAGAGAAGUCCGUGUAGUUUUAUCCACAUAGUGCUAAUUGUGGUGUAAAGUAGGCGCAAGCACUUACUCGUAUAUACAUAUAUAUGUUAUCAGUUUGAUGAAAUUUUCAUUGUAAAAAAAAUAUGUAAAGAAUAUAAAAUUACUAAUAUUUGUAUAUCAUAUUUAUAUAGUGAUGUUUUCUGUAUCACUUAAGCAAGCUUUAGUGAACAUUUUACACUGUUAUAGAGAAUUCAGACUAGAAUGCAUGAUCGGGACUACAGGUCUUCUUGGUAACUAAUUGUUAUUUUACACUACAAAUGUAUAAAUAAAAGGUACUAGUAUUCUAAUCAUAAAUGUAUGGGAUAUUUAAUUUAGGAAUUGAUUUUUGACAAAAAGGCAUUAAUUCUUAACUGUAAUGUACAAAUAAUACUUAAUAUAAAGUGUCACUUUCAACAGGCAUCAGACCCCAUCUCUAAUUAACUUUUUUUUUUCAUAUUUAAUUUUAAAUACUUGUGCCAUGCAGAGUCCUAAAACCACAUCGAGGUGAUCAGGACCAAGCUUUCAAUUCAUGCUGACAGGUGCCCUUUCAUUGUUUAUUAUACCCAUUACUACAUAUUAAAUUCAUAUGAUUAAAAUUGGUUUAAAGUUGGUUUGUCAUUCAGCAACUACUUACAACAAUAAAAAAAAAAAAAAAUACAAAUAAAACAUUGUGAAUGGAUAUGAAUAUUCAGAACUGCCACUCAAAAGGCAACUUGUAGGGGCCUCAGAACAAGGAUUGUGGUCAAAAGGCUGGAAAUAUCAUAUUUGAAGCCCCUAUCAAAUUUCCAUCUCCUGGGCAAUAGCACUGACUGUGCCCCCCCCCCCCCCCUCCCCACACACACACAGUUUCAAACACAUACACUCAUAUAUAUACAGUGGACUGCCAAAACCAGAUUUCUGUGUAAACUGGCAUGAUUUCGGAAUCCCAUCCAGCUACUAUUAAUCUGUUAGCAAUAAAACUCUGCCUAAACUGGAUGCCGUCUAUUCCAGAUUUUAGAUACAAAUUCAACAACAAAAGAACUGUUUGUGCAGUAAUUAGCUCGGUCUACACAGGCAUAUAAUUUUACCUUUUGAAGAAAGACGGCAGUUCCCUAGUAAUUAGGGCCCCUAUUUUAUUGUUAAUAAACAAUGAACCACACCUGCUGAAAUACUUGCAGCUUGAUCAAUCAGAUUAUUAUUACUUUUUAUUAAUGUCUAUUCAUUUGUGUACAUAUGUGCAUUCUCUCAUACCGAUUUGAUGUCUUAUUUACAUUGUGGGUUUUUUUCAUUAUGAUAUCACAAUAAUUGUAAUUCAGGAUAAAAUGCUGGGGGUGGGUGGGGGGGGGAAUUGUUGUCACAUCUGUUCAAAAUAUCUGUUCAAAAUAUUUAGUGAGACAAAUUUGAAAUAGAUUAAAAAAAACAAAAAAAAAAAAACAAAUCUGCAACUGUUGAAACAUUUAAUAAAAAGUGGGAACUAUACAAUGGCUCAAUCAUCUUAUGUAGUGAAAAUCUAGAACACUAACGUAAUGAUUUACCCUAAUGAGAAACUUGUUUUGAGACAGAAAGUUUGUAAAAAUAUUACACCUCUGGCCCACACAUUGUUCCUCACCGUCAUCUAAUUUCAUCAUUAACACCAGUUUCUUUUUAUGCUUUGUUUUACUUUGUUCUUAAGUCCUGGAUUAUAAAUGUGCAUAUGACUAU